UUGCUGCAAGAGCUGAUGGCAGGACAGAAAGCUGAUGGGUGUCCUUCUUUUCCUUCCUUCCUUGCAGGCAUCGCCCUGGCUCUGGCCCUGCGGCCCUACCGGAUGACCUUCCGCCAGAUCAAGUACUUCUCCUUCCCAGGGGAGCUGCUGAUGCGAAUGCUGCAGAUGUUGGUCCUUCCGCUCAUCGUGUCCAGCCUGAUCACAGGCAUGGCCGCCCUGGAUGGCAGCGCAUCAGGCAAGAUGGGGAUGAGAGCUGUCAUCUACUACAUGAUGACCACCAUCAUCGCUGUCUUCAUCGGCAUCUUUAUGGUUCUCAUCAUCCAUCCAGGAAAAGGGAACAAAGACAAACUCCACCAGGAGGGCAAGAUUGAACCGGUCCACACAACCGAUGCUUUCAUGGACCUCAUCCGGAACACGUUCCCACCCAACCUUGUGGAAGCCUGUUUCAGACAGUACAAGACCCAGUACAGUGUCCGAGUGGUCAACAGAACUGUGGUGAAGGGCACCCAAGCAAGUCCUCCAGUGCCACAGCAUUUCAACCACAGUAGUAGUGGCACCGUCACCACCAUUGCCAGCAACAGCAGCUUCAAUGCCCCCUCUUCUGCCACCGUCGCCACCACUGCCGCCUCGCCAAUGACACUGCUGGAGAAUGCCACGGCCAUCUGGCACAAUGUCACCCACGCGCUGGGCAGCUUCCCGGAGGUGCUGAGCUAUGAGGAAGUGGUGCCUGGUCCGGGUUCGGUCAACAGGGUGAAUGCCCUGGGCCUGGUAGUCUUCUCCAUCUGCUUUGGCCUGGUGAUUGGGAACAUGAAGCAGAAAGGCCAGGCCCUGCGGGAGUUCUUUGACUGCCUCAAUGAAGCCAUCUUACGCAUGGUGUCCAUCAUCAUCUGGUACGCCCCUGUCGGCAUCCUCUUCCUGAUCGCCGGCAAGAUUUUGGAGAUGGAGGACCUGAUAGUGAUGGGGGGCCAGCUGGGGAUGUACACGCUGACAGUCAUUGUGGGGCUGCUGAUCCAUGGCCUCUGCAUCCUGCCCCUCAUCUACUUCAUCAUCACCCACAAGAACCCCUGGCUCUUCGUGGCUGGACUCCUGCAGGCCCUGGUCACUGCCAUGGGCACCUCGUCCAGGUGAGGAGGC